AAUGACACAGGUCGCAGUAACCAUGGACUCACCAUAUACACAGAGCCGAGGUCAUACUUCUCCUGUUGGAACGCACCAUGGCCGAGACAGAGGCUCCGAAGCUUCCUGAAGACGAUGGGCAGCCGGGAAAGCUCCCAUUUCCGCCGUUAACCAAGCAGCAUAUUCUGAACUGCUCCUAUCAUAGCUGGCAUCCCAAAUAUCGAGCUAUCACCCCAAAGGCUCGCCUAAUUCCCCUUCCUGAUUCCUUCCUCGAAUACCUCCGUGGUGACGGUAUAGUGCUCCCGCCAGAGGACGCAGACAGAGCGGAGUGGUCGGAUGGCGAUAGUGGAAUCUUCACUGGAACCGAGAAUGACGACGAAGACGACGCCGAUGAAGCGAACGCCGACCCAUCCACCCAGUGGCGGGAAACGCAUGCGGAAAUCGAGAGGAUCAUAGACGAGCUGGGUGGGAAGGUCGCACCAAAGCUGAACUGGUCCGCCCCAAAGGACGCCACGUGGAUCGCCGCGACAAAUAGCAUGGAGUGCAGGACACCCAACGACAUCUACCUUCUCCUGAAGUCCAGCGAUUUCGUCACACAUGAUCUGCAGCACGCUUUUGAUGACACCGAGGAGGUGCCCGAAGUCGAGGAAACCCCUACCAUCCCGUAUCACCUUGUUCUACGCAAGUGGAUUCUGCUGAAUCCUUCCGUGGAGUUUCGUUGCUUCGUCCGGAAUCGGAAGCUCAUUGCGCUUUGCCAGAGGGAUCUCAACCACUUCGAGUUUCUCUUCAGCAUGAAGGAUCGCCUGCUUGACAGGAUACGAGAGUUUUUCGAGAUACGGCUAAAGGAUACUUUUCCAGAUCCGAACUUCACGUUCGACGUGUACGUCCCUCCGCCACAUGAUAGAGUUUGGCUCAUGGACAUCAACCCUUGGGCUCAAAGAACCGAUCCAUUGCUGUUUUCUUGGAUGGAGCUCUUGACGCUUCCGGAACCGGCCGAACCCGUUGCAUACUCUACGGAUGAGUCCGAGGAGGAUGAAGUGAUUGAGCCUCUGUUCAUCCCCGAGUUUCGUCUUGUGCGGCGUGACGAUCCUGAGGCCUACAACUUCAACACGCCCCAGUACAGCGCUCACAAGCUGCCAAAGGAUGUCGUGGAUGCCAGCAGGGGUGGGGAGGGUGUGCUCAGGGAGUUUGCGAUGCAGUGGCAAGAGGCGCAAAGGCUGGCAGAGCAACAAGCCGCCGAAGAUAGUGAGAACGAUUAGGCGUGCUGCAUGAUUUCCGUUGAUCAGCGAUGCAUCUCAAGCUUCACACUUGACAAUUGCCCAUUGCGAGCUCAUGUGAAUAUGUAUUUUGUGUACGAGCUCGGAAAUAAUGACCUGUUUACGUUUGCACUGAGC